GGCUGCGGGCGGUGCGCUGUAGCGGGCCCAGCCCGCGGCUCCGGGCGCACUGGGAGGGCGGACCUGGGCCCGGACCCGCUGCCCCCGGCCCUGGCCUUCUGCCGAUCGCCACCACCCCUAGCCUCUCCGGCUGAGCUCGGCGCCCCAGAGAGGAUUAACACCCAGGGGACCGGAGAGCUCCCUUUCUCCUGGGAGGUGGCAACCUGGAAGUAUAGCAGGGGCCACAGGCUGGGGUACUACCCAUGUCAGGAGCGAGUUGGCAGGUUGACUGACCACGGGCAGUCUCUCAGCCAGGGCCCUCUCAGCAUCAGCAUGGACUCCAGGAUCCUGCCUGCCAGGGGCUGGCUCAGCAGCCGCCCACCCACCUCUGAGCCUGACCUGGAGCCUGCCACAGAGGGGCCAGCCUCUGAGACCACCACCCUCAGCACAGAAGCCACCAGCUUUAAUGACACCAGAAUCCCUGAUGUGGCUGGUGGUACAGCUGGUGUGGGCACAAUGCUUCUGUCCUUUGGGAUCAUCACGGUGAUUGGCCUGGCUGUGGCCAUGGUUUUGUACAUCAGGAAGAAGAAAAGGCUGGAGAAGCUCCGCCACCAGCUCAUGCCCAUGUACAGCUUCGACCCUACAGAGGAGCAAGAUGAGCUGGAGCAGGAGCUGCUGGAACACGGGCGCGACGCCGCCUCCAUGCAGGCUGCCGCCUCUGUGCAGGCCGCGCAGGGCAAGACCACGCUCCCUUCUCAGGGCCCACUGCAGAGGCCCAGCCGGCUGGUGUUCACAGAUGUAGCCAAUGCCAUCCAUGCGUGAGUGGCCCGAGGACCGGCCCGGACCUCUGAUGAAGACAUCUGCCAUCGUGCCCCUUG